UGCCAGCCUGUGGGACACGGCAGUCACUGGCUUCUGUGGGACUGCAACACUGCAGAAAGUUACACUGGGUAUGAGCAGUGAACCCUGCCUGUCUGCCACCUGUCAUCAGAUGGCACUCGGGUGGCUGAGGAAACACCUUACCAGGAAAACAGUCAGAGGUGAAUUGGUGGCCACCUCCAGCUCUGGAUGGUUUCCUGUUGCUAUCAGUCUUGAGUCAGAGCUCCCAGCAUUUAUUUCUGAAGGAGCAGCCCUGGUGACUGUUUCACGUUGACAUUUGGGAGAUUUGGGAGUGGGGAGGGGAAACCAGCUUAGCUACAGAAACCAGGUGCUGCGUGAACCACUUUCCUUGGGAGCCCAUCGACUCUUGCAGCCUUUCCAAACAACCCUUAAGUUGUUUGCAAUGGGCCACAAAGCCACACCAGGCUCCUUUUUCCACCUCUCCUUCCAUUCUUUGAACUGCAGAAUACCAUCACUCUUUUGCAAGUGGGACAAAUGAUAAUAAAUAAUAAAUAGUGGCCAGAGCUGCUCAAAGUGGCACUUCUCAGCUGGUAGAGGGGACACACUAAAGAUCCAGGCUCUCUUUGUAAAUGUGGGCAAUGAUUGGGUUUCAGAAAGGAGUGGCAGUCACUCAGUGAUGUUCUGCAGGUGUCAUGAUGAAAUUUUCAUUGUUAAGUGUCAUAUGGUCUGAUGGGGAACAGAAAACUGAAGAACAAGUAGUAGUAUCAUAUAGAAAGGAGUAAGCUGCCAUUUUCAACAGGUAGACGAGUGCACCAUUCACAAAAAAAAAAAAUGAGAAGAGUGUUGUUUUCUUCCCUGUAAAAACACAGGCACUGGCACAAAAAAAAAAAAAAAAAAAAAAAAAAAAAAAAAAAAAAACAAACAAAAAAAAACAUUUACAACCUUGGGUUGUUAACAGACCAUAUUUAUGAAGAGUUUUUGUGCUUUCUUUUAAUUAAAGGCUGCUGCUGCCUCUCACAUAAGGCUUGCAGUAGCCAAGUGGUGUUACAGCCUUCGCCAGUCCUGUUUAGCAUCAUUGUAAGAAGUUAAGCAAUCCACUCAAUGUUUCAUUCCUUCUCUCUCUCUCUCUCUCUCUCUCUCUCUCUUUUUUAAUGUUAUUUACUUUGCAACUUUUUCUUUGAUCCAGGUACCUCUAAGAAACAAAACUAAAGCCGUGUUACUUUGCAGAUGGAAAAAAAUACUGUAAUAUUUGUGAAUUCUCCUUUCCUGAAGGAUUUUUUUUUUAGAUAAUCCAUAGAGUGUACAAGAGCAGCUAGCCAUAUAUCCAGGUUUUCUUGGAUAUACAUUUUUUUGCCAGAUGGCAGCUGAGAAAUCCAAAACUUUUCUGGGUUUUCUGGCCACUCAGCAGAGGAGUAGCUCUGGCCACAUUGCAGACAUUUAGGAAAUCUUCAGUGUGCCUAUGGCACACAUUCUGCAGAGGUGACCCGGCCAUUUGCAGGAGCAGGUGACAUAUUCAGGUCAUGUUGCAUUUGUGCUGUAUGCAAUGACAACACAUAUAUAAACAGCUGUGUGGGAAAUCCUGGCUGUCAAAAUACAUCAGCCCUCACCUGACACUGAGUUGUUUGUUUGUUUGUUUGUUUGUUUUACUGAUACAAAAGAAACUCAAACUGUAAUGGAAACUUUUAUUUCUAUUGUCUAAGUAGAUCAGCUCACCCAGUUUGAUUAAAGUUACACGUUUUAAAAUCACAUUCUGCUACCUUUCUUCUGUGUCAUGUCACAGAUUAUCUUUGUUUUCCCUCUUGUUCAUCUACAAGUAUUUGCUGCAGAGCAGCUAACGCCUCUCAUAAAACAUAUUCAAUUCACUCUGUGACAAAGCAGAUUGAAUAGCUUUGCUCUUGAGCCUUCACAAUCCCACAGCAGAUGAGAACAAAUCCGUAAAGGAGUGCUCAGCAGGGUGUGCUGCAGCCAAAGACCACCCAAAUUAGCUUGGCAGGCAGUAGGUCUCGGGGUAAGGGAGCAGGAGAGAGGACCACGAGGCAGGCAGGAGGACAUGACCUAGCAGCUCUCCAAGCUGGGAAACUAUGGUAAUACUUUACACUAAUACUUUGGGAUUUAAAGAUAUUUUCCGGUACAGAUGCAAAUCUGUAUUUCUUGUUCCUGUUUCUUUUCUUCUAUCUAUCCUAUUUCUUUUGGAUUAUUCAGUUGCAAUUUCUAGAAAUUGCAUGAUUUCAGAAAAGUAGUAUCCUCAUACUAUGAAUUAAUAUAUUGUAAUUGCAGGAUUUUAAUUUUCACCUACAGUAUAUGGGCAUAUCCAUCCUGUGCAACCGUUUUUAUAAAAAAGUCUGACUUAGCAAUUCAAACCAACUUCUGUUAGAUAGAAAUUCUCUUGGCAAGCAAGGAAAUAUGAUUGCAGAGCCUGAAAAUCAAGUGGAAUCUUACAGCAGUGUGUUUGCUUCACUGUGUGGCACAGGACACUCUAGAGCAGGUGUUCUUCACUCCUUACUUGUACAUGGUGGUACCUCUUAGAGUCAGCAUUCUCAGCUGCAAAUGAAGAUACCAAGAAGCUGUCAAACUUCAUACCAUUUUUAAUUCUUCUGAUGUUUUACAUUUUCCUUCCUAAGCAGUAUUAGGUGAAUUAUCCAAAGUUAAUUAUUGUUAAUAGUGUAAUGAAGUAAUUCUGACACAACAUUAAUACUUCUAUAGCUUAGGUAGGAGGAGACACAGAGGCAUGUCCUUUUCUACUAAAUAUCCAAAGGUCUUUUCAGUUGAAAAAAAGAAAAAGUAUAUUGGUAGGAUCAUUAGGAUUCCUUCAUGUGUCAUUUAAUUACAGGGGAAGCACAGAAAACAAAAUGAUUUGUUUUAUUCAAUGCUUUCUGUAAAUUACAAUAGACUAAGCUUUUGUACUUAUGUUAAACUAUAAACUGCUGAUGUGUAUCUUAGCAAUAAAACCUUUCUUUCAAAAAAAAAAAGACUGUCCUCAAAAGCUGUUUCAGCCUAAUUGUACGAUCCCCACUACGUGUGUGCUUUAAUAACAAAAAACUGGAACUUCUGCCUAAACUGCUGUAUGAUGUACUACUGGUGCUCCCCCAUGCAAAAUAAUUCCUCCUUUUGUUCUUUUCUUUUUUCAUGGAUUUGGCUCUGGGUUUGUGUUCUGGAGACGGGAUCUGUGCAUGGAAUAGAACACUUUAUUGUGAGGUUUCAGGUGCUGUUUUUGGGCUCAUGCCAUCAUAUCUACCAGGCCUUCAGUGGGGCCAAAUCCCUCCUUCCCCCUUCUCCCCUAUGGACGGGACUUUUAAUGAAACGAGCCUGAGGCCUUCUAAACCUGCAGGAAGCCAGUACCAGCCCUACAUUGGCCUGGCUCUGGCAGUCAGUUCCAACAUCUUCAUUGGAUCCAGCUUCAUCCUGAAGAAGAAGGGCCUCCUGAAGCUGGCCGCCAAAGGAGUUCCCCGUGCUGGGCAUGGUGGGUAUUCCUACUUGAAAGAAUGGCUUUGGUGGGCUGGACUGCUUUCAAUGGGAUUGGGAGAAGCUGCAAACUCUGCUGCUUAUGCCUUCGCACCAGCAACCUUAGUUACCCCUUUGGGUGCACUGAGUGUUCUCAUAAGUGCUAUAUUGUCAUCCUACUUUCUGAAGGAGAAGCUGAAUAUUCACGGCAAGUUGGGCUGUGUUCUGAGUGCUUUGGGUUCUACAGUCAUGGUUAUUCACGCCCCAGAGGAGGAGGAGAUCACCUCACUGGAUGAGAUGGAAAUAAAACUGCAAGAUCCAGUGUUUGUUGCGUUUGCUGUUCUCCUAAUAUCUGUUGUCCUCGUGUUGAUUUUCAUUGCGGCUCCACGGAGAGGUCAAACAAAUAUACUGAUCUACGUUUUAAUUUGUUCACUUAUUGGUGCCUUCUCUGUGUCAUCUGUCAAAGGCCUGGGCAUUGCCAUUAAAGAAAUGCUGGAGUGGAAGCCAGUUUAUCGACAUCCCCUGGUUUAUGUUUUGGUGGGAAUCCUAUUGCUCUCAGUCAGCACCCAGAUCAAUUAUCUCAACAAAGCACUGGACACAUUUAACACAUCUCUAGUGACACCUAUUUAUUACGUGUGUUUCACCACGACAGUGGUGACAUGUUCCAUCAUCCUGUUCAAGGAAUGGAGUGGUAUGGACCUGGAUGACAUCCUUGGGACCCUCAGUGGAUUCUGCAGUAUAAUAAUUGGAAUUUUUCUAUUACAUGCUUUCAAAAACAUUGAUAUCACCUGGAGCCAGUUGAUGUCCAGUGUUACAAAAGAAUCAUCAUUGCCACACUGCGAGUAUGAAACCUCUCACACUUUACUGGAAAGCAUGGAAGACCCAGCUGUGUUAUAUGGGGAAGACAAUGUUUUAUUCAGCCAAUGAAACUCUCAAGUGACAGUUUCUCGUUCCACUGUCAUGAACUGCAGACUUACCUGUAUCUACCAGACCACUCUUCGUCACUGCUACCCUCUGGAAAACUGCCUGUAAAGGCACGCUCCUCUGUGUGCCAGAUGUUGGUAAUAAUGAAUUAAAAUGUUCAAUAAUUGACAUGAGGGACAGAAACCUGGUGGUUAUAAUAUGUCAAGAAGUGAACAACUUUGUCUAUUUUUUAUGCAACAUCUCCUGUUGGAGAAUUUUAGCAAGAAAGGGUUUUUUCCCACAUCUUGGGCUGUUCAGGGUGAUGCUUGCCAGAGAUUUAGCAAGAGGGCUGGAUUAUUAAAAAUGACUUCUGAUCAGCUGAGAUAUAUACGCCAAGCAGAAUCUCUUCAUAAAGCAGGCUGUGUAAUGUGCAAGCAGUGGAGUAAAUGUUGACACUUCAGGUUCCAUUGUUCUGUGAACAGAAAGCUCACAAUUUUUCUGUAGGAACAAAAUGGUUGCUACUGCUUGCAGCACGCUUGCACACGUCCUUGUGUUGUGCCAAGUUUAAUCCUGAUGCCAAAGCCAUGCACCUCCUUUCUGAAAGGUGUUCAUGAAACUUCUUACUUGUUAAUGACUUUUAUUUUAGUGAGGAUUUAGAAGCUAUGAAAACCUGAGUGGCUCUAGGGAUACUUGAAGUUAUUUCUAAACUGCAAGCAUCUUUUUUUUCCACUUGAAUAGGUUUGUAAUUGACAUAUGUACAGGAGGAAGUAGUAAUUGUACCAAUCACCUAGACAUUAUUUCUAAAUCCUUGAUUAGAUGAAGCAGGAAUUCUGUAUUUCCUACUGGACCUGCUUAUCUACUUUUAUGUGUAAAUAACAUCUACUAGGAAAAUAAUGUUAUUUUCUUGCAAUAUCAGAAAAUCAAAGUUGAUGCUUAUUUCCAUGGCGUACAAGAACUCAAAAAUGUUACAAAGUAAAUUAUUAUCUUUUGUAUAAAAGCUUUUGCUAGAAGAGAUAUUAUUUUUGAAACUGUUCAUAUUUAGUAAAUGAUUUGGAAGAAGUUUAAUUUUUACUGAAAUUAUGCUAUUAUUUUUCUUGUAAUAAAUUAUACAUGGUUUACAUAUUAAA